AUGAGCUGUCAAUCAAGCUCACGUACUCCUAUCGCAACUCAAAAAAAUUUGAUAAGACUGUCCAGGCUGUCCCGUAUUUUUGGUGAGUUCUCGUGAUUUGUAUCCGUCCAUUCAUUAUUUUGAUGUCUAAUCUCCCAGAUUUCUGAAAACAAUUUUUAGAGAAUCUAAAAAAUGCCAUACGAUUUGAAGUCGAAGUUUGACGAAGAAGAGGACCCUGAGUUGCUGGCCGAAGCGGAAUUGGCAAAAACGGAUCCUAGUUUUGCAAAGAAACCGCAGACUCCAGCCAAAAUCGUCCAGAGUGCAGCGAGUGGAGACGCCGUUGUCAAGCCGGAGGAUAAAACUUUUUAAAGGUUAACUAUUUCAUAAAAAAAUUAUGAAAAUCACCCGAAGAAGACUUUAGCCAAAAAGCCCAAAUCGGUGAACCAGGCUAAAGGCUUGCGGAAGCAGCGACAGCGCGGUGUCAGCGGCUGUUCGAGCAGAAAGUGUAGGUUUUUGUUAUUAAUGUCACUCUUUCUCGAUUCAAGCUUUCCGUAAAGAAUAUUUUUAUUUGGUUUUUCUAAUUUUUAUAUACCAAGAUAUAGUAUAGGUACGCCGGCCUCUGCAUUCCUCUCGCAACACGGUGUUUUUUUUUUUGACGGCGCCCCGCCUACUUUUUCCGUAAAGUGUCGGGUGUUGUGUGCAAACACUACGGCGCUCAUAAUCAGAAAAUUGCGCCUCUAGAUUUAAAAAUCGAUUCUUCUCAUGACCCAAGUUGAUGUUUGCCGCUUGCCCCUUUAAUAUGCUCCAUUUUUCACGGUCGGAUAUCUCCGUCCCCUUAUUUUUGGUUUCGCAAUUUCUUUCACUAGCAUAAACGCCCUGGAAACGAACUUUUUGGAAAUCGUGAUAAUGCGAGGGAAGAAAACAAGACGCUGCGGCGUCAAAAACGACCAGCUCCCUCGCUCUUCUAUCGACAUAAAUAAUUUUUUGUUUUCAGACUCGGGUAUCGACAUGGACAUGGAUUUCGAUCUCGAGCACGACGAAGAAGAAGAAAAUGACGAAUACGAUGACUACGAUGCUUCAGAAAAGUACGAAUACGAUGAGCAGGACGAGACUUUUGUCGAUUCGAUUGUCGCAUUGAAACUCUCUCCGAGAAAACGUGCUGAUACAUCUGAUUCGGCUAUUUCGAGUGUAAACUUGAGUGAGAGCCAAAAAUGA